GGUAAUUUAAUUUCGUAGCUAAAAAAAAAUGGAGGUUCGGUUUGUGUCGGCUAUUGUGUUCUUUCUUGUUUGUUUUCUCACAUACAGAGAAAUAAGUCAAACCGAUGCGAAAGUAGAAGAAAGGCAGAUUCCUAAAUUUUCCCAUUUUUCUGGUCCAUCACUGAAAGUGUUAUACUGCAUAUCAUGAGGGUACCGAAAGGCCUUCGAGGAAUACCGGUACCACCUAUCUCAGCGUUAUCCUGACCUGAACAUAGAGGGCACAAACUAUCCUCCAACGCCUUUAAACCAAAAUAUUGCCUCUUUUCUAUCUAUUGCUAAACUUGUGAUUAUGGGUAUGAUUGUGUUUGGAAGUAAUCCUUUUGAAUCUGCUGGUAUGAACACACCCAACAUAUGGCAUUGGGCUUGUGAAAAUAAGGUAUAUGCAUGUCUGCUGCUCUUCUUCAUUUCAAAUGCUAUUGAGACUCAACUUCUGUCAACAGGUGCUUUUGAAGUUACUCUCAAUGAUAUGCCUAUAUGGUCUAAAAUUCAGUCAGGUAGAAUACCAAAAUAUGCCGAGUUGGUCAAUAUUUUGGACAACAAUAUGAAUCUCAGUUACAAGGAAUAAACUUAUUCUUUCAUUUUGGUGACUGAUGUGCUCAAUCAUACUCCAUUAAGUCUUUAAGGGAUCUUUGAACCAAUGAAGGCUGAUGUUUAAACCAGUUUUUUCUGGCAACAUUGGCUGGAAGUAUUCUCAACAUUUUUUUAUAGACUUAAUUGAUUAGAUUCAGUGCAUUGUAAACAGUAUACAGUAUUUGUAAUCUCAUCGGGUGUUUGGUAUGUUAUUACAACAAAUAAUUAUGUCAAAUUUAGGCUGUGUAGUACUUCAUUGAUACAUCAACAUUAAAGACAAAUAUAUAUUAAUACUUCUGUAAUGGUCAUCACAAUUUUGGUGUUGUAACAGUGCUGUUUGUAAUUGUUGGUAUGUAUUUAGUGAUAGCACCUGCACUCCAAAUGGUUUUUUAAACAUGUUUUCUCAUAGAACAUUUUGCACAACUGUUUUGGCAAUUAAUGUAGCAAUAUUUGUCAGGAAUCAUCCGUAAUAAUGUAAUAUGUUGUUUAUAUGGAUAGUUAUAAUAAAUUACAAAUAAUAUCA